UAUAUCUAAUAGGCCUCCUGUUUUCCUUACAACAACCCUGUGAUGCAUUUGACAUGGCUUCAGAACUGCGUAAACAAGUGCCUUUGAGAGAUGAGAUGACUCAGUGUAAAAGGAGAUGUGUCAUUCUGCGUAGUCCUCUUGGAAAAAUUGAGAUAUUUGGAUGUGAAACAGGAAUACAUGAGGUACGCCUUGAGGGAAAAGCUGAAACACAAAAUGGAGUGGAGGCCUCAAUAUCUUGUGAAGUAUGUGAAGCCUCAGGGGAAAUGAAGGAACCACUGAAACAAUGUAUAGCUUGGCUUCAAGCUUAUUUCACUGAGCCCCAGUUAAUGCUGAAACUUCCAGUGCCUCCUUUUCACCAUCAUCUCCUAGAACAAGCUUCAUUCACCAGAGAUGUGUUGUGGACCCUGCUGAGAGAUGUGAAAUUUGGAGAGGCAGUUUCUUACAAGCAAUUAGCGGCCCUGGCAGGCCACAGCAAAGCAGUCAGAGCGGUGGGUGGAGCGAUGAGAAGAAAUCCUGUCCCUAUUAUAAUACCGUGCCACCGAGUGAUUUGCAGCAGUGGACAACCUGGCAACUACACGGGAGGAAGUCAUCUGAAAGAGUGGCUUUUGUCACACGAGAAGCUUCAGAAGGAAAAGUUAACAUAUUGAUGCAGUUCAGGUACAGCUGUUACAGAGUGAAACCAGCACAUCAACCAAAGAUACUUCGCUUAUAACAAGCUUUCCAAACACACAGUAGAAUUCAGGGAAACGGUAAAUAUUUGAGUGACAUAUAAAUAUAAUACAACAUCCGAAGCGAAAUGUGUGGUGGCACUACUAUAUUAAAAAAGCUGAAUGUGUCCUAGGGGAUACAGCUUGUAUGCCCUUUCUUGUUUUUACAUUUUGCAGCAGAAUGAGUACAGCGGACUGAGCCUGUUGUGCAUGUAUUUUGUUCCCAUCUCUGGUGCUGUUUUGUUCUAUUUUUAAUGUCCAUUAAAGCAAGGAUAAGGGAGUGGGAGGGACAUGGCAAAUGUUCGAUGGAACUGCCCCUCUAAGGAAGCAUCUGGCUCGCAGAGGGGACAACCGGGAAUCUACUGCCUUUGCGUGCAUUCGGAGAACAAAAUUAAAGGCAGGAGCUUACACACAAACACACACACAGACACACACAGACACCUCCCUCUCCCACUGUUCCUGCCUGGAUUUUUAUUUGUCCAGAUUGAAAAGCUUGUCCCUCUGCCAGGCACGCUGCCCAAGAUUCCCCUGUUUUCUUUGAUGUUUGAACUGUUGAAAUGAUGUUUUACGUAAACAGUUAUUAAUGAAACACACCCGAAGAGCCAUUCAAAAGGAAACAGCUAUUGAAUUGCCUUUUCACAGGGUUUUUGUGUUUUUUUGGGGGUUUUUUUUUAGAUGCUUUAGGAGAUGCGAAUAAAAAUACUUAGUCUCUCUUAGCAUGGCUUGAUGUAGGCAGAAAAAUACAUUUUGAUGAGAAGUUUAACCGCAUGGUUUUAAUACAAUUAUGCAACCUAGUUAAAGAUAACAGAUACCUUUGGCUGCCAUUUAGAAGUAUAUUUCUGUCUCACUGUCGUCUUUAUAUCGUUUGCUUAGCAUUUGCUUGAUUCCCUUUCUUUGUGGAAAUAUGUCAUACAAUAUGAGAAGAAUCAAAAGCUACACAUUACAGUAAACAUAUAAAGCCAAACAGAAAAAAAUACAGUCAGCCAAAGGAUAUUGAAGCUAAAAUUUCUAGUUAUUUAAAAAGAAGUCUGUGAGAGUAAAAUAUUACAAACCACAAGAAACUGAAAUUUUCACUACUGUAUGGGAUUCAUAAAUCAUAACAUGAAAAUACCGAUUUUUAUGUUUUUAUUACAUUCUUGAGGGAAAGCGUGCUGCUAACAAAAAUUAUUGUGUGGUGUUAUUACAUUAAUGUAGUGUUAUUCAGAUGUUAGAAUUAUUUUACUAAAACCCGUUAUGCGUGUAC